GUAGCUCUGCCAGCUGAGAAUGAGGGAGCUCUUUUGAAGACCUUUGUCUGUGAAAAAUCUCCUGCAAAUUGCGGAAAAGAAGCUCAGAUUGUCGGUGCCCAAAAAGAGCCAUUGCUCCGUUUCACUGCAGCAUUCACACCAGAACAAGGCGAUACCUUUGUGCACUCUCCGUCGGUUAUGCAAGACACUGAUCAUGUUAUCCAUACUUCCACUCCAGUACAAAGCAUUGGGAACAUGAUACCCAGCCCCCCCCUCCUUUUCAGUGUCUCCCUUUACUGAGAACACAGGAAACCCAGGACACAACCCUGUUAAACGCCAGCAAAACUCUGCAGCUCCUAAUCAUUUGGUUGUAGUCACAAAGGUCAAGAAAAUGGAAAUCAAGAAGUUUCCCAAGUCAGACUUCAGCAGCAUAAAAUCUAAAAUUGUUACAAGAAAUGUACAUCAGUUAUCAGUGUCAGGCUCUUCUUCACAGCUAAAACCAUCACAAGUUAACGUGAACAAUAAACACACUGAAGCACAAAGAGGAGCUACUGACAGCAUUAGUCCAACCAAUUUAAGGAGUAGCACUGCAAUUGUCUCUACCACCACUAAAGUGGUCAAUGAUGCUCCGAGACGAAUGAGUACAGGGGCUGCUAAUUCAGUUGCUCCACAGUCGUCUGGCCCUACUGCUACUAGUGGACAGGGACAGAGUGGAGCAUGCCCACCUGGCCCAAACCCAUCCGCAAAUAAACCUGCCUCAGAAGUAUGCAGUAAUGCCAGCUUUGCAACAGAACAGGCAGCCUCAUGCCAAGCAACAGAAACUGCAACUGCAGAGCAUUCUGGCAACCAGACCUUCUGCUUCUCAUCCUCAGGAAAAUCCCCUGAUAGAAGUGGCCAAACUGAUCCCAAACCAAUUCCAAAGAAGGGCGUGUUAGACCAAAUUAAGGUCGCAUCAGGCUCAGCUGUAGGUCAGGCAGAGUCUUCUGUGCCCAAGACGCGUCCUCGCUGCUCAUCGGAGAGUUUAUCACCGUCAUCCAGGCCACCGAGGGAAAAGAGUGCAACUGCAAGGUUUUCAGCUAGCUUUACCACUCCCAAAGUUAAAAUCCACCUGGGCCAGACCCGAACAGGGAACUUGAGCAGCAAUUCCCUGAAUAAACAGGCCAUUCCGACUGAGGCGGGAAACCGACCUGCUAAAAACUCCUCAAGAGAGGUGAAGAGGAUCAGCCUGGUGCUAGAGUCCAGUGAAGUGACAACAACGGGAGCCUCAUCUGAUGAGAGUAAGAGCACAUUUCGAGCACGACCAGCUCCUCGACAAACAGCACAACUUUUACAACCUCCACCUGCCAGUCCCAGACCGUCCCCUCUGUCCAGCAGGCUGAGGCAGCCAACCCGGGGGAGGGAUGAUUUCAAGGCCUCCAAAGCCGGGACACCACAGUCCAAGCUGAAGAGCAGCACAGGCAGUCAGAGAGUGCAGACAGGAGAGUCAGCCCAUGAAAAUGUGUCAACAUCAAGCAUCAAGCCUCAACUGAAUGGAUUUCGACUUCCUCAAACUUCCUCUCGACCCUCUCUCAUGGGCCCUCCCCCAACUCCUUCUAGACUACCACGCAAGACCCUGGGGCCGUCCAGGAGUCUCACUGAGCCGAGUGAAGGGAGUACACACGUUUCUGGAGGAGCUGCACCUAAACCAUCCCGUUUGAAAACUGGGAAGAACACUGGACCACCUCUGACCGCAGCAUGCAAGCCUGCCUCCGCUUUCUCCAUCAGAGGCGCUUCAAAUUCUACAGUCAGUCCUCUAAAAAGGACCGCUUCUGCAAGACUUGUUUGUCCAACUCCAAACGGACCUGUGGACAAGAACAAACCGAAGGCCGCCUCCCGCCAGCAGCAGCCGACGUCUCAGCCGAGCCAGCGCAGCGGACCACCGGAUGUGGUGCCAGCGAGUGUCGCUGAGGGGGGGAGGAAGGACCAGAGCGUCCAGCAGCUCAGAGGACUCCUGGCAGCGAGUAACCGAAGAUGUGAGGCCGUCGCCAUCGUCUUGCAGCGAGCUUUAGCUGAGCGUGAUGAAGCCACACAGCAGUGCAGGGAUCUCUCCCAGGAGCUGGUCACCCUUCAAGGAGAGCUGGUCUGCUCCGUGCACUCGUCUGAGCAUCUGGAGAAGGAGCGGGAUGAGUUGCGAGCGUCCCUGGAGGAGGCGCUGCAGGAUCAGCACCAGCGGGACCUGUUGGAGCUGGAGCAGAGGCUGCAGGCCAUCUACCAGGCCGAGUGGGACCGGGUGCAGCUCAGCCACCAGGAGGAGAGCGAGUGGAGCCGGACCCUGCUGCAGCAGCAGAUGGAAGAGCUGAAAGCCACUCAUGAGUCCAUGAAGCAGGAAGUGGAGAGCAGCCAUGCAGAACAGCUGCAGUCUGUGGAGCAGCAGUAUGAAGCGUCCCUGCAAGAGAUCAGAACAGUCCACGACCAGGAGCUGCAGUCUUUGGACGCGUCUCUGAAGGAGACAGGAGACACUCUGUCUGGAAGGAUUGAAGUGCUGACAGCGGAGAACAAUGCCCUAAUUGAGAAGCUGAGCGCCAUGGAGAACAGGAGGAAACAGCUGGCUGAGAAGAGUCAGAAGGACUCCCACACCCUUUAUCUAGAGCAGGAGCUGGACAGCCUCAAAGUGGUGCUGGAUAUAAAAAACAAGCAGCUGCACCAGCAGGAGAAAAAGCUAAUGGAGAUCGGCAAACUGACGGAGAAGAGUGUGAAGCUGGAUGAGAGCCUGCAGAAGGUCCAGCAGGAGAAUGAGGACCUGAAGGCUCGAAUGGAGAGACACUACGCUCUGUCCAGACAGCUGUCCACGGAGCAGGCGGUGCUGCAGGAGUCCCUCACCAAGGAGUCCAAGGUGAACAAGCGUCUGUCCAUGGAGAACGAGGAGCUGAUGUGGAAGCUGCACAACGGAGACCUGAGCAGCCCCCGCAAGGUGUCCCCCACCUCCACCUCGCGCUCCUUCAGCCUCCAGUCCCCCCGCAGCUCCGGAGUCUUCUCCAGCCCCCCCGUCUCCCCCAGAUAACGAUGGGCCUCCGCUUCCGGGAAGCUCGGCCUCUGAGUUAUCCCUCUGGAAUAAAGAGCCAUGUUUGUUUUCCUUAGCAACGCCUGACUUCUGGAUCGGAUGAACUCUGACACUUUCUGUACAGAGACGCUUUAAAGACACCAGUCGCACAGAAGCACUUAAAAAGCAAGGCCCCCUUGUUUUAUGCCUUUCACUUCUGAUGGAUGGGGGAGAAGGAAAUCUCAGGACACUAUUUUUGUUACUUGUUGGAGAGGCGCACACGCACACACACGCACGCACAUGCACGCACGCACGCACACACACACACACACACUACAUGCAGUAAAAGAUACACACAUGUUGACACAAAUGGAAAUCCAGCUAUGAAUACAGAUAACCUUGUCCCUCCUCAGUCUUUUAUAUGAAAUAUGCAUUGAAUAUAAAACUGCUCCUUCUGGAUCCCUGCUCCAUUUCCUCACAGCUAACUGCAGAAGAGUGUCCGUCAAAGUGUCAUCUUACUAUCACCAGGGCUGUUCGAGUCUCGACCCGUGUUCAGAAUUUAUUUAGUUUUCUUUAAAGGUUGGGAUUUUUUGCACCGAUGUUGUCUGUUCUGUUCCUCAAACUUGUUUUGUUUUCCACAUUUCCUUGUUUUAUUGUAGUUUUGACCAAAGGACCAAUCCAAGUGUUUGUGCAUGUGUUUGAGUCUUGGUAAUCACCCUCACUGAACCCUCCUACUGCAGCUUUAACGUCGGGGCCUUUGCAAAGAGUUGAGCAGAAGAGGCUUUGCUUUGUACGUACGGGAGACCCUGCAAUGUCUCAGAAAAGAGUAUUUUGUGUGGAUUUGUUAUUAUUGGUUUAUUGACCAUGUUUGAAAUAUGAAAAUUAAUAAAGUCUUGUUUUAAAGCU